AUGGCUUCCGCGCUCCCAGACCUGCCCGUCCUGCCGGUGGAGGACUCGAUGCUGUCGAGGCGCUUCGGCCGCGAGAUCGCAAACUACUGGUCCGGAGGGCCCCUGAACCGCGUCGCCUUCCUGCGCCACGACCACGCCUUCCUGCAGCAGGCCUUCUCGCACCCCUCGACGCGCUUCAUGCUGCUCGACAACCUGGCGCCCGCCAUCUCCCGGGAAGAGGGCCCGGCCGGCGGCCGGCCCAAGCUCGCCUUUGCCCGGACGGCCGACGUGGUCCCGCUGACGGGCCCGGAGCCGUUCGCCAAGACGGAGGAGGAGAUGCUCGCCGAGUUCAACUCGGACGUCGACCACCCGCUCAUCCUCCUGCUGGGCAUCGACGAGCACCACAAGCUGGCCGCCUCGGACGACGCCUUCCACUACAAGGAGUGGAAGGGCAGCCCGUACUUCGCCGUCGACGUCACCCCCAAGGGCAAGCUCGCCGACAAGGCGAACCAGGUCAUCGAGGCGGCCAAGGCGAAAGGGCUCACCUUCUACACCGACGCCCGGUCCAUGGGCCUCGUCGCACCCGAAGCCGGCACCUACGCCCAGGCCCGCUCCAUCCUAGACUGGAACGCCCGCAACCCCUUCUGCGCGGGCUGCGGCUCGCGCACCCUCUCCGUCAACGCGGGGAUGAAGCGCGCCUGCCCGCCCACCGACCUGGCCGGCGGCGGCGGCGGCGGCAAGCCCGCGCGGCGGCCCGACUGCCCGACCCGCCAGGGCGUCUCGAACCUGUCCUUCCCGCGCACCGACCCGACCGUCAUCAUGGCCUGCGUCAGCGCCGACGGCACCAAGAUGCUGCUCGGCCGCAACAAGCGUUUCCCCCCCAACAUGUACAGCGUGCUCGCCGGCUUCCUCGAGCCCGGCGAGUCCAUCGAGGAGGCCGUGCGGCGCGAGAUCUACGAGGAGAGCGGCGUCACGGCGGCCCGCGUCGUCAUCUACGCCUCGCAGCCCUGGCCCUUCCCCAACAGCCUCAUGAUCGGCGCCAUCAGCCAGGCCGCCCCCGGCGACGGCGAGCGCAUCUUCCUCGGCAACGACCCGGAGCUCGACGACGCCCGGUGGUUCCCGCUCGACGAGGUGCGGCACGCCCUCGAGACGUCCGCGGGGCCCCUGGGCCAGCCGCCGCCGCCCACCUACGUCGAGGGCGGCAUCCGGCUGCCGCCCAAGACGGCCAUUGCGCACCAGCUGAUCUUGGCGGUCCUGAACGGCUACCUGUCUGGUAUUCCAAAGAUAUGA